AUGUCAUGUGGGCUUGUCUAUCCUGUUGACUGCAGCAACCUCACCAGAUGCUACGGGGAUGAGGGAGCAAACUUGGUAAGCUCGGAGAAGAGCGCGUAUCUCGGCCUGCGCCUCUCCCUCACCAUCGCUCACCACACAGCGGCUCUCCUCCGGGCUGCGCGUGCUCAGGCGAUGGUAUCCCAGGAAUUCUUGCAGCAAGAGCAGGAGCAGGAGCAGGAGCAGGAGCUGGAGCUGGAGCUGGAGCAGCAGCAGCAGCAGCAGCAGCAGCAGGAGCAGGAGCAGGAGCAGGAGCAGGAACAGGAGCAGGAGCAGGAGCAGGAGCUGGAGCAGGAGCUGGAGCUGGAGCAGGAGCAGGAGCUGGAGCAGGAGCUGGAGCAGGAGCGGGAGCUGGAGCAGGAGCUGGAGCAGGAGCUGGAGCAGGAGCUGGAGCAGGAGCUGGAGCAGGAGCAGGAGCAGGAGCAGGAGCAGGAGCAGGAGCUGGAGCAUGAGCAGGAGCAGGAGCAGGAGCAGGAGCUGGAGCUGGAGCAGGAGCAGGAGCAGGAGCUGGAGCAGGAGCAGGAGCUGGAGCAGGAGCUGGAGCAUGAUCGGCGGCGGGGGCGUCAUCUCGCCAUGGUCGCCAUGGCGGCGAUCGCCAUGGCGCUGGUUGUGGGGUCGAAGGGGGCAGUUGCGGUGCUGGAGGCGAUAUGGCCGAGCCUGAAGACUGCAAAGGUGGACGAAGCCGUCGAGCUGUCGGAAGAAAUUAAGAGCAUGAAACAGCAGCACAAGGCAUUGGAUACUCCAGAUAACUUCGUCAAGGCCUCAAAGAUGAAGCGACAGAUUGAUCAGAUGGAAAUGAGACUCAAGGAAUUGAAGGAAAGUUUAAGAAGCGUGAGCAAUUCGCACAACAGAAACUUUGUGCAUUCUCUGCUGGAGGUCAUCAUCCCAGCUGUGCUGGUCAUCAUGUUCUGGGCUACCCCUAUGCACAAACUGCCUAAGGACAUGCUGUGGCCCUUCGCUGGGAUCUUCAGCUUCCCUGCUCACGAGGAGGGGGCGAUUGGCAUCAUCCCGUGGGUGUUUAUGUGCCAGCGAUGCUUCGAUGUCCUCGUGGAGAUCGCGAGAGGAAUUGCGGAGCUCGUGAGGAGAUAA